AUGCUGCCUGCAUUACUAAUUCUUGUGGGGGCUUGGGCAACACUGCAAGCUGACUUACUGUCUGACAGAAAGGUUUUACUUCUACCCCCAGUCAAUUUUACCAUUAAAGCCACCGGAUUAGCUCAAGUUCGUUUACGCUGGGACCCGCAUCCUGACCAAGAGCAAAGGGAUGUUGAUCUACAGUACCAUGUGAAAAUAAAUGCCCCACGAGAAGAUGAAUAUAACACCAGGAAGACUGAGAGCAAAUAUGUGGCCCCGCUUCAUGACGGCUUUGCAGCUAGUGUGAGGAGCAUCCUGUGGAGAAGCCACUCUUUGCUGGCCAGCAGUUGGGUUUCUGCUGAACUCAAAGCUUCGCCAGGGUCUUCAGGAACCUCGGUUAUUAAUUUAACUUGUACCACAAACACUGUCCUGAGUAGUCACACCCACUUAAGGCCAUACCAAGUGUCUCUUCGCUGCACCUGGCUUGUUGGCAAGGAUGCCCCCGAGGACACACAGUAUUUCUUAUACUAUAGGUUUGGUAUUUGGACUGAAGAAUGCCAAGAAUACAGCAGAGAUGCCCUGAACAGAAAUACUGCAUGCUGGUUUCCUAGGACAUUUAUCAACAGCAAAGGGUUUGAUAAGCUUGCAGUGCAUGUUAAUGGCUCAAGCAAGCAUGCUGCAAUCAAGCCCUUUGAUCAGCUGUUCACUCCACAUGCCAUUGAUCAAGUGAAUCCUCCAAUGAAUGUCACAGUUGAAAUUGAAGAAACUUCCCUUUAUAUCCAAUGGGAGAAACCAGUUUCUGCCUUUCCAGUCCAUUGCUUUAACUAUGAAUUGAAAAUUUACAACACAAAGAAUGGUUACUUUCAGAUAGAAAAACUGGCUACCAACAGAUUCAUCUCAAAAAUUGAUGAUGUUUCUACAUAUUCCAUUCAAGUGAGAGCGGUUGUGAGCUCAUCUUGCAGAGCAUCUGGAAGCUGGGGCGAGUGGAGCCAACCUCUUUACGUGGGAAAGGAGAAGAAGCCCUUGGCAGAAUGGCAUCUCAUUGUGUUUCCAGCAACCGCCUGCUUCGUCUUAUUAAUUUUCUCAUUCAUCUGCAGAGUGUGUCACAUAUGGAUCAAGUUAUUUCCACCAGUUCCGGCCCCUAAGAGUAACAUCAAAGAUCUCCUUGUGGUGACUGACUAUGAGAAAGCUGCUUGGAAUGAAACCAAAAUUGAAGUUGUGAGUUGUGUGGAAGAAGCUGGAUUUGAAGUCAUGGAAAGUUCCGUCUUUUGAUGGCGUUGUGACAUUCUGAAAAGAAUUUAUGCAGGACUCCAUGAUAAAAGCAAGGACUGCUAUUUCUUGGCAAGGAGGAAUUGCAAAUGAACACACAACACCCAAUUGGGUUGCAAGGCAAUACAUCCAGACACAUGAGUCUCCCAUCUCUUAAAGAGGACAAGCCUCAUCAAAACCCCUUGCUGACAGCAGAAUAAUGGGUUCAUCUGAGCAGAGGCCUUGUUUUCCCACCCAGAGUACAUAAAAAUAUCACCUGGCUUGCUUAUACAGGCCAGUCUUUGCAAUUUGCAUGACUUACCUUGAACGCUUUGCACAGGAGAGAGUUUUUCAAGCUAAUGUCACAUGUUUACUUUGGUUUGAGCUGCCAGUGGUAGCACUUUCAACUACAGUGACCGGAAGAAAGAAUGGGACCCAUCCAGAGUGAACCUAAAUUCAAGACUGUCUUUCCCACAGCCAUAAUUUCAUGGUGCUCCUUUCCUUCUGAGUUCUAGAAUACUUUUCUUUCAAGAACUAUGCCUGCAUGCUGAGGUGUGGGAUGAUGUGAUGUGGAAGUGGAAACAAAGACUAUGUCUGGUUCUAAACACCUGUCCCAGGAAGCAUCUAAGCCAGACUACAAACUACCUGAAAACGUGCACUAAGACAUCACUCCUGGGGCUGAGGAGAUGGUGAAGAAGCAUAAGGGCCCAAAACUGGAACAAAAACAGUGCAAGCAGCAUGUGUCCAUAAUCCUAGUGCUGGGAAACAAAGAGGCUCCAUGAGAAUUGCUGGCCAGUCAGUUUAGCAAAUUGGUGGUUUCUAGGUUCAAUGAGAGAUACAGUCUCAAAAAUUUAAUGUAGAAAGUGACUGUGGAGAACCCUUAACACUGAUCUCUGGUCUACAUACACAUAUCCAUGUACACACAUGAACACACAUGAACACACACACACACACACACACACACACACACACACACACACACACUAAAAACAUCAUCCCCUAUUAAGAGAGAAGACAGGAGUUUGUUCAAGGUUCACAUUCUUCAAGGUUCCCUUGGUACUAUAGAAAUAAACUCAGAGAGACAUUGGCCAUAAUUCAGCUGUGGAGGUGAUUGCUAGAUCUAGAAUGUACUUCCUGAAGAGAUGUUUGAUGCAAGAGCAUUCAUAGUCACUUUCUGGUCAACUAUUCUCUCAAGUUAAGGGUUUCCUGUAAGUCAUAACAAUAAACAUUACAAUGGUA